AUGAAGUCAAUCUCCGUUGCUAUGGCCAUGCUGGCCGCUGCUGGUAUGGCCUCCGCUAGCGUUUCUGCCUCAGACUGCGCUCAAAUGUGUAUCUCCAACAUGAACGCCAAGGCCUCUGAGCUCGGCUGCACCUCUGGUGAUAUGGAUUGUUUGUGCAAGAACCAGGACUACGCCUACGGUAUCCGCGAUUGCACCAAGGAGGCUUGCCCCAGCGACAACGCCGAGACUGUCCUCUCCAUGGCAUUGGCGAGCUGCCCCAGCAGCUCAUCCACUGCGUCCAGCACUGGCACCGAGUCAACAACUAUCACCUCAAGUGUCUCGGGUACAUCGACUACUGAGACCCUACCUGUCACUGGCAUGACCACGAUCACCACAAGUGUUUCGGGCACGCUCACCACUGAGACCAAGCCCAUCACCACUGACAGCACCACGAUCACCACAAGUGUUUCGGGCACACUCACCACUGAGACCAAGCCCCUCACCACGAUCACCACAAGUGUCUCGGGCACACUCACCACUGAGACCAAGCCCAUCACCGCUGACAGCACCACGAUCACCACAAGUGUUUCAGGCACACUCACCACUGAGACCAAGCCCCUCACCACGAUCACCACCAGCGUCUCAGGCACACUUACCACCGAGACCAAGCCUGUCACUGCCAGUGAAACGACCAUCACCACCACCGGCAAGACCACGCUGACUACCUCCGUCUCGGGAACCCUGACAACUGAGACCAGCGCUGUCACCAGCACUGCUACAUCCACUGGCACUGAAACAGCUCCUUCCGCAAGCACAAGCACCGGUGCGGCCGCGAUGGCUACUCUCGGCAGCUCUGCCUUCGGUGUUCUCGGUCUGGCUGCCAUGCUGAUCCUGUAA